UGCGUAGGCUGCGCAAUUAAUGUAGCACACGGAAACUGGGUUCAUACAUUGUGUGCUUCGACGAUAGAAUCUUAUCCUCACUCUUGCCGACAUUCGCAUUCUUUUUCCCUCUCGAGUCUUUACUUUCCAUAACGCUAGCCUGUCUGCGCUGUACGGAAACGCCUGUCGCAUUAAGAUCAACACUUCCCGUGUGUCUCCGCCUAAGUAUUUCACGUCCUUCAUAUACAAUCGAAGCUCGCCUAGCCGGAGGCGCCGAAUUGUUGAGCCCGGGCGAAGCGGAUGAUGCAAUGAUCCCGCCAAGGAUACAUCGAUGAGCUCGAUCCCGGAUGAGGGCGAGUACUUCCCCAGUGUUGGUCAAGAUGAGAGAAGCGAGCACUCGGAGGCCGCAGCUGUGAAGGAGAUCGACCCUGAUGUUCCGGAAAUAGUGCAUGAAAAUGCAGACAAUGAAGCCAACCUGCCUGCAGAAGAAGAACAUCAAGAGCAGGCAGACGGAAACAACAUUGGAGAUGAAGCCGAUUCUAGUCUACUGGGACCAAACGGUGUAGACGCCGUCGUACCCUCCCCCAGCGAAGACAAUGUCCCAGGCACAAACGGCACCGUCCCUAUACCAGAUGACACGCAAUCUAUCCCGGAUUCAGUACUGUCCUCCCCUCGUAGCGGAACUCCAUCCUUCCGCAGCCCAGCCCGAAGAGGCAGCCCUUCACUUGCGCAUCGACCGUUUGACGCCAGAUUCCAGUCCCGCCUAUCAAGCGCCCAGUUCUCUCCUCUUCGAUCGAGCUCGCCCGCUUUCCUCGGAGGUCAUUCACGCCAAUCCUCCCUCGUGAGCUUCGGCGGGCUCCAAACCCCUUCCGAACCCGACGAGUCCACUAGUCCUUGGGAUGUCAUACGCUGGAACAAGUACAAGCGGAUAACAGGGCAAGCCUUCUCAGAGGUUGGGAGAAGAAAUUUUGGAAGUCCAACAUGUCUGGCUGUAGGAGAUCAAGUCGUCAUAGGGACAUCCAAGGGCUUCGUCUUGAUCUUCGAUCACCAGCAGAACCACAAAGCUAUCAUUGGCAGCGGCACCAAGGCGGCCGAAAGUGGUGCUGUCACAUCGCUUGCAAUAUCUGCCGACCACACGACCAUCGCAGUGGGACAUGCCACCGGCCACAUUUUCACCUGGGAGUUGGCCAGGUCAUCACGGCCGUUCCUGCACAUUCAACCCAUUGACAAUUCGCAGCCUCAAGCGAGACGUGGAGAUGGGCAUAUUGCCGGCAGUGUCGUACUACAUGUCGGCUUUCUGGGCUACCGACAUACUGCCCUGGUCUCGGCUGAUGAUAAAGGCAUGGCAUUUUCCCAUCUAGCGACGCGAGGUAUGGGAGCUGUUGGUCGAGUGGUCCGCACUGCUCGCAUCUUGGGAAGAUAUCCUGAAGUUGUGGCGCGCACAGCAAAGCCUUUAAAGAAAAGCUCCGUUCUAGCAUUCUCUCCAUUGCCUCUGGGCAAUAUAGAGCAAAGGACCGAUAGUCAAGGAAUAGUGGCUAUGUUGACUCCAUACCUACUAGUCAUCGUCUCCACAACCCCUGUGGCACAGACACAGCACAAAGCAGCUCGUCCUAAGGAGGUGGCUGCUCAUAGUGCCAUGACUGCCGCUCUGGCAUGGUUUCCAGCCAUCAAGUUGAAGUCGGAAGAGUCGCAGGUUACCAGGACGAAGCUUGUUUAUGCCUGGUCAAAUAUCCUCACUAUCUUAGAGGUUCACGAAGCACCGCCGGAUGAAGGCGAUAGCAAAGACAAGCCGCCAGAGUUACAAUUUCUUGCCCGGAGUCGAUAUCAGGCCGACGAAGCAAUUGUUGCCGUACAGUGGUUGAACAGGUCUGUCAUGGCCGUCAUGACCAUCACGCAACAGUUGCUCAUAAUCGAAGACCUCACGAUGCAUGUGACUGAGUCUUUUGAUCUCUUGAAGAAGAACAUCUAUCAUGCAGAUCUUUAUUCCCAACAAUUGCGGGCAAUCAUCGAGUCCCUUGACGAAGAAGAUGAUUCAAUGCAUGGAGUGGUGGCAGAUGCCUUCCACAUGAGCUUUCGAGCCUACAAAGGAAGGCUGUUCUUGCUUGGCUUCAACGAUAUCUGGACCGGUGCCUUGACCAACUGGGCAGAUCGACUGUUGGCAUUGAUGAACAUAGGUGAUUUCAUUGGAGCCAUUCGGUUAGCAACCAAAUAUUAUCAAGGCCAAGGGGAGAAGGCGACAAUAGGGUUGCCCGAGGAAGAUAGCCUGCGUGCCAGUAUGGUUCAGGAAAAGCUUCUUGAAAUGAUGACCGCCUCUCUCAAAUAUGCUUUUGGGAAGAAUCAACAAGCGGGCAAUGAGCCUAUCGAGAAGCCACAAAUGAUCGAGCUUGCUGACGCUUGUAUCAAAGCUUGCUUGGUCAUGGAGAAUCAAGACUUUCUCUUCGAGGAGGUUUUUGCAUGGUACGAAGACAAUGACCACGGCCCACUGUUCGUGGACAUAUUGGAACCGUACAUCCUGGAGCAGAGGAUACUGUCUAUUCCUCCGCCGGCACUGAAGACGCUGAUUGACCACUUCGUCAUAACACAUACUCCAUCAACACUGGAGGAAAUCAUCUGCAUGCUUGACACUUCGACUAUGGACAUCGACCAGGUAACAAGCCUUUGUAAGCGAUAUAAUCUCUACGACGCCUACAUCUACGUGUGGACAAUGGCAUUGCAUGAUUUUGAGACGCCAGUUACUCUACUAUUGGACUAUGCUGACGCCCAAGACAAUGGAACUCGACAAGAUGGCAAUGUGGCUGAGCGUUACAGCGCUGCGCAGAAGGUCUUCCCCUACAUCUCAUUCAUCCUGACAAGCCGUGUCUAUCCUACCGGGGCUGCUAUGCAUCAUGACGAGUCUACGCUGGCAAAGAGUCAGAUAUACGACUACUUUUUCUCGGGUAGGGGUAAGCCUAACGGCUCACUUACCCCGAAACGGAGCACAAGUUCGUUCGAGAACCUCUCUCGUAUCCUCCACUUCGACGCCGCAAGCUUCAUCGCAGCUCUGAACGAAGCGUUCGAGGACAGUUUCCUCAAUACUGGCGACGACGAUGCCCUUACCAGCCUCAAUCAACGACAAGCUUCCAAUUCACGAACAUAUACACGACAGUACAUCGUGCGAAUCAUGCUCGAAGCCAUGUCUUCUGGCUUUGACCCCGAGGACACAAUUUAUCUCGACAUGUUCAUUGCGCGAAAUCUGGCCAAGUACCCGCAGUACAUGGUCCUUUCGGGCACAAUACUCCACGAAGUGUUCGACCGCUUAUGCCAGUAUCCGGAAGACGAUAUGCGCGAAGAUGCACAACUAAGUGUCGAGUAUCUCCUGUCUAUCUUCCAGCCGCCGAAUCUCCACGACUUAGUAUCCUUACUGCAGGAGGCAAAGUUCUAUCGCGUGUUGAAAGCCGUGUUCAAGCAAGAGGGACGGUACGCGGACAUGAUUCACACGUUCUUCCUCGAUGAGGAGGGUCAGGAUGGCGUGUUCUCCGCUAUCAGGGACUGUCUUCGGGUCGGAUCGAGCUUGAGCGAGCAGCAGAGAAGUGAAGUCAGAAACACGAUCGAGCAGCAUGUAUCGGAUCUUGUGGGUAUUGAUAUCCCAAAGACUGCGGCAACGAUCGACGAUAUUGCGCACGAUAUGCAUGGUUUGUUCCUGCGCGCGCUGACGGAGGAUACUUACGGGCAGUACGAGUAUCUUAGGACCUUGCUUGAACCGGAAGAGCGAACGCAGAUACAGACAAGCAAGCGCCAACGUGAUAAUCACAUGCUAGAACUGUACGUUCGGCUACUUUGCCAAUUCGACCCUGAGCACGUACGAGACUAUGUCGAGCACGUGAAAGAAGGAGACCUGCGGCUCGAUGAGGUUCUGCCGACGAUUGAAGAUAGCGGAAUCAUCGACGCCGUCGUCAUUCUGCAAGUGCGACAAGGCCACGCCAGAGAAGCGAUGGACCGGUUGGUUAGGCAACUGUCUUUUCUAGAGUCCACACUCAAGGCGAUCACAGCCAGUUCAAAUGCAGACUUGGACUCAGCGGACCAGCCGGAUGAUGCGAGCAUUAGGCGUUCUGGAACAAGCGUGCUGGAGUCGAUUCACAAGUACGCGCUUGUUGGGGUCUGGCUGUGCCAGGGGCAAAUGAAGAACGCACCCCGCUCGACCGUGCCGAAAUCGCCUGGCCGGUCUGCCAGUGCGACGAGGGCUCUCUCGUUCGAGGAAACGUUGUGGCUGGACCUCAUUCUCGCCGUCGUUGCGAUUGCAAGGGAUGUUUCAAUCACGUCCUUCCCUAAGUCUGCAGACGGUAAUCAGGACCAAUUCGAAACGACGAUGUCGCUGCGGAGCACGAUUCAGGCCGUCUUCACGGCGUUGUUGACUAGCACGACGACGUACACGCGCGAUCGGUCUGGGUCGGGAAGCCACCCGGAUAUGACUUUCCUGCGCAUCCUGCGCGCGUUUCUGACGCAUGCGGCACAGGCGAGUCCGAGUCUGACGGAGCUGAGGAGUGUGAUUGGGAGUAUAUUUUCGGCCUACGCAUACGAAGAAGCGCUCCUUGCUCUAUCGAAUAGUAUGCUGGAUAAGGAUGUCUUUGUGCAGUUGGAUGAGGUUGGCAAACUGCGACAGCGCGGGUGGAGGCCCAGAGGACAAGUCUGUGAAGUGUGUCGACGGCGGGUGUGGGGCCCAGGGCUUGGGACGAGAGUGUGGGAGGAGUGGACGCGCAAAGAGGAAGCCAGACGAGAUAGACGAUGGAGACGGUCGGAAAGCAGUGCGGAUGAGGAUGAUGGCGCAAGGGGAAAGGGGAAGGCUACCUCGCGGGCCAGGGUCGGUCAUGAUGAGAAUACGAGGAGUGGCGCAAUAAUGGGAGGAGAAAGCGUCGGACCGGGACCUAUUGUGGUCUUUUCGUGCCGGCAUUUGUAUCACCAGAAAUGUCUGAGUCAAGAGCAAGGACCAAUGCGAGGGCAUCUGGAGAACGGAGGGCCUGGGUUAGUCUGUCCGAGUUGUGUAUAGCUGGUAAUAGUAGGAAUGAUGAUGGACAAUGCCUGCAGCCGUACGGAGUACUCCGUACUCAGGUAUGUCACGGUAUGUACAUACUAUCUCGCUAUGUAGUUGCAUCCUCAUUGCAUG